AUGAAUGACCAAUACCUGGGCAACUCGCAAAAGAGGAAGAAGGCCAAGGAGAAGAAGAAAAAGAACGAUGAAGAAAUCAAAGAGGUCAAUUACGGAAUUAACUAUUCACUGAUAAAUGACUACCACGAUAGUAAUUUCAAAAAAAAUUUCUACAUUAAGAGCAUACGGACCGAUGGCAACUGCCUGUUUAGGGCUGUGUCAGAUCAGCUGUACGACAACGAGGAUAAUUACAAGGAGAUAAGGAAGCUAGUGGUGGAUCAUCUACUAAGGAACGAGGAAAAGUACCAGCACUUCAUCGAGUAUGAUGAAAGUUACAAGUCCUACAUACAGAGAAUAAGUUUGGAUGGGACGUGGGGCGGCCAGCUAGAGCUUCAAGCAGUGGGCGAGCUGUUCACCGUGAACAUCCUGAUCUACCAAGAAAACGGGUGCAUCCUGGAGAUCAAAAAUCACAGCGAUGAUAAGAAGUGCAUCCAGCUGCAUUACGCUUCUAGUGAGCACUACAACAGCGUCCGGUUUAAAAACAGGGCCCUCGAAAAUCAGCUCAAGUCAAUCGUGGAGCUCCGCGAAAUACUAAACAAUAAGGACGAUAACGAGUCCACCAAGACGUUUUACGAAACGACGGACAACGAGCUGACCGAAGACAACGAAGAUGACCUAUCUGACAAUACCGGAAACGAAAAUAAUAACGUUGGAGAGUGUAUUGACGAGAGGGAGUUCACAUUUAACAGCUCAAUGGAGGAGGACUAUCUACAGUAUGACUACCCUCACGAGAAAAAUCGAAACAACAUUUUUUCCCUUAGUGAUGAUGAAACGGAGCCUUGCUCAUUCGACAUCCUGCAGAAUAUACAUAACGGUAUUAAAAGGAAGGGCGUGAGGAGUAGAAGCAUGCCAACUAUUAAUGAAAGAUUUCUUUAUUUCUUCGCCAAAAAUCAAGUCAAUGAGAGUAUGGAGAGUGAUAGCACCAUAGAUGUGCUGAAUGAGAAGAAGGGAUUUGAUAUGAGGAAGCCCAAAAAGAACGAAAACAGGAAGUUGAAUUUUCUGAAGUAUAACUAUAUUGGUCAGAGGCCCGACGAUCUGCUGAGCGAGUAUGUGUCCGCCGCAGGGACGACCGGGACUGCUGUUGGGACCUCAGCUGGCAGUGCCGCCGCCCCUAUCGGUGGGGAGGAGAACAAAACCAUCCGAAUUUGCUACAACAAGACGUUUUAUAAGUACCUCUGCAUGUCCAAAAUGGUGGAAGUUGAGGAUAAGCAGAGGGAGGAGCAGGUGGGCAAAUCGUUCGAUCUGCUCAACGGCCACUACGUGUGUGGCAGUGGGGGAGGCAAAGCAUACAGAAGAGCGGCACAAGGGAAAGAAGCACAAGGGAAAGAGGCACCAUCGAAAGAGGCACCAUCGAAAGAGGCACCAGCGGAAGCGGUACCAGGGAAGUCCCAUGACAGAAAGGAGGCCAACCGAAGUGGGUCCCCAACCGGACAGCCGCCUACCCCCCUGAAGCACUUGCACAGUGCAGGAAGACAAGGAUACAUCUCGAAUUACGAAUUGGAGAACAACUUUAGCAGAACGAAGAAAAAAGAAUUUGACGAUUUUUUAAAUCUUUACAGCGAAAAAAUUUCGUACAGCAGGAACUCCUUCUACAAGAGUAUGUCCACUAACGACUCCAAGUGGAGUCAUGCGGAGGGGACCACAGAGGGAGCUGCAGAUGGGGUAGCAUAUGGGGGUGGAGAGGGGAUGGCCCAGAUCAGUGAGCAAGCCAAUUCUGAGUACUUAAAUUAUGAAUACACGACAAGCUUAUCGUUGAACAAGACUUCCAGCAGCAAUGAAGAAGUAACGGCUCCUUCGUUUUACUUCGAUAAGGAUUCUAUCAGCUUCGAGUUUCGACCCGAUGUGUAUAGCAAGGGAGUUGAGAGAAAUUAUUUGUCAACAGGGGAUGAUGAAGCCAAUAAAUGUGCUCUCCAUCAGAAUGAAAAAGGGAAGAAAAUCUUUUGCAAUUUGACGAGGAAGUCGCAGGAUAUCUUUGACAUAAUAAUCGAUGAGGAGUAUGUCCUAAGUAUGGACAGUAAUUUGUUGUGUUCCUACAUUGGCAAUAAGCACGUGGGUCGAGGGAGUUGGCAUAAGAAGAAGGGAGGGGUCCCUCAACAGGAGGAAGUACUAUCGCAGGUGAGCGAACGGGGAGGAGGAAAAAUAUCAUACCCUGCUGCCAGCCCUUGUGUGUUGAAUUCGCGAGCGUCUUUUUCCGGUUCGAAGGCCCCAGGAGGGGGGACAACUAGCCAAAUUGCCACCAAAGUUGGGGGCGACCAUGAUAGGGUAGGACGCGGACCCAACUGCAGGAUUAGGAGGAGGAACCACGAAGGGAGUUGUUCUAGUGGGGAGGGCAGUGGAGACACGUCCGGGCAGUCGCAUACAGAAGUAUUAGCACACUCGCGUACAGAAGUAUUAGCACACUCGCGUAUGGGGCCUGCCCCCCGAGGAGGCCUGAACUCGAGGGAACUUUUCCUAAAGAAGAAAUAUUUGAACAAAAAAUUUAUCAAUAUGUUUUCGAAGGAUAUCCAUUCGAAGGGCCUCUUCCACUUUUUAAACGCAGACUUUCUACUAAGUGGAGACAAAAUAAAAUAUAUAAUACCCUUCCUCUUUAAUAGCAAACAGAUGAAUAUAUUUAAGGACAACCUCAACAGGAAGGACUUUCACUUUUACGAGUACGUGACCUUUUCGUUUAAUUUGGAUAAACAAAAGUUGAGGAAGAAAAUUGAAUGCUCCAAAAUUUUGAAUGAGGAGUUUCUCAUUAAGGAGAAGCACAAAUAUAGUAAGUUCACCCGGGGGGGGAAUGGCAAGUCUUCCUGCUCUGUGGGCAGGGGUCGGGAGAACCGGGUGAAGAUCAUCUCGAUUUAG